CGUCAUCCACUUGUCAGUCAGCACGUGUACGAUUGUCAUGUGGCGUAUCAGCGCAAGCUAAGUCAGGUUAAGGAGCUAACUUUAGUUAGCCGUCUUCCUCUACGGUCCUCACCGGGUGGCCUCAUUGCAUCGUUUCUAUGUUUCUACGCCUGAUGGCGUGCGUUUCGUAUGCAGCUUUUGUGCGUUUCCCCGCUGACCUCUCAGCAAUGUGUGUGCACGUGUUGGGCACUGAUCCACAUGGAAAUCCUCUAAGUGGCUCUUUUUAGCGCCCUUGCACGGGAAGCUAAUGUACCAUUCUCACACACAUCUCUGAGGACAUCAUGUGCUGAGCAAUAGUGACCGAUAACCCCGCUUUGUGGCCAUCGUGUCCAUUUUGUUGCGCAAGUGUGAUAUGUGCUAUAAUAUUGAUCAGAGUUGAUUGAUCAAACCAGGCUAAAGUCCACAUUUUCUUUAAUUUUCCACUGUAGUAUUCAUUUUUAAAUUAAGUAGACGUCAAGCAGUCCGGUCAACAGGGCCAAGUCGAUGCUUAGCAAAGAAGCCGGCUGGUGUCAGUGUACAUGACAUCAUCCUUAUGUGUCCUUUUUUUUUUUUUUUAAGUCUUGCAGCUGAGCACGUGAGUCAUGGGAGUGCGUUACUUGCUCCAGCUAAUGAGAUCUUCCUUAUUAAGUGCUAAUCCUUGCAGGAGGGGGUGGCGUGGUCGACCAAAAGAAGAGCAAGGGUCGCCUCUUUCAGGAAUAGACCACACCGAGGGGGUAAGGGCUGAUCAUAACUUUCGUUAUUAUUGGUCCCUGUGUUCAGUUUCAAACAGGUAGAGGUGAAGGCAUCUGUUAGGAUCGAGAAUUUUGCGCAAUCCUUUUCGCCAACUCUGAGCACCGACCUUCAACUAUGGCGUCCUUGUCCUUGCCCAGGUCUCCACCUGACUUAUUACUUCCUGAGAGCACAUUCUGAUUCCCGAAUAUGACCCGUCACAUCCACACAGCAUGACCGAAGGAGAGAAAGCACAACAACGCAGGCCUCCGUCAAAAAAUCUAAAUGAGUAAAUCAUGGAGUCCAUGGCAAGAGUGAAAAAUUCUCUGCGCGCGCCCAUCAGGAGGCUCAGCAGCUGCAUGUGCACCGUAAGCAACAGGAAGUGGUUUGCCAAAAGCAAGACCAACAGAGUUCCACGUGCGGGAGGAAGAGGACAAUGCGGCAGGUCGAGAAAGGCCCCCCUUCGACAGACUCCCUCAAAUUAUCCUUGGGUGGGUCGUGCUUACCAGGCCGACUUGGAUAAAGAGAGGCAACUGCGCAAAGCCACGAAUGCUCAGAAGAAUGCUGAGAGAGCAGCCAUGAGAUCUCACUUCAGGAGUAAAUAUCAGCUAGCAGAGAACUCCAAGGAUGCCAGCCACCUGAAGUGCGUUGGCGGCAAAGUGUCGCUCCCCCGCGAGCUGUCCAAGCUGCUGCGUCCCGACAGCAAAACCAAGGAUGACGGAUUCAACCUGCUCGACGCCUUCCAAGGCCUCGGCUUGGGCCCGCUGGCGGAAGGGAAAGGCGCCAAGCGCGCCUCUGCCACGCCACACAGAGGGCGCUCUUGUCAAGUCAUGUGAUCCACGUGCCGGUGCACAAAAAUGUCUUUUUGAAAUGAGACCCCCUCAUGGUCAAGCACAAACUGUUGUGUAAUACGGUUAUGUCUUUAUAGGGCAAGGAAUCGUAUUUGAUCAUUUGACUCAAAAACAACAACCCCUUGCAUCUCCCUUUUGAGGCCGUAUGACCCUGUGACAUCCCCCAGCCAAUCAAAUCAAAAAAGGUAAUCGAAUACAUUAUUAUUUUUUUUUUUCUCUACAAAUAUAAUUUCCAAAUAUUUGUACAGGUUGCCCCAUAAUAGAUUAAAACCAUUGAAAACGUUUUCAUUUGAAUUUUCAUUUUGUUAAAUAUCAAAAGUAUUUGGUAACGUCCUGUGCUGGGCUGUGUGUCAGCAAAAGUGGUUGUCAUGACGACAUCCUUGCUGCAAUCUCCGGGAAGGUGUUUUAGCUAUUUUGGCUGUGAGCACUCAUAGGGACAUUUUUUUUUCAUUACGUUUUUGCGAAAUGUACAGUCAGACCAAAAAAAAAAAAAAAAUAAUUAAAUGUUUUUGUAUUUCCUAAAAAAAAAUGUUAUAACAAUAAAUAUGUGAUAAAUAAAUAUAUAUAAAUAAAUGUAUUUUAUAUAAAUAUAUUAUAAAUAAAUACAUUUAUAAUAAAUAUAAAAUAAUAAUAAUAAUGGCCACUAUUUCCUCAAAUAGUGGCCACCCCUUUAAUAAAUCCCAUGCAUAUUAAAUUUGUUUAAAAAAUAAUAUAAUUCAAACAGAGUGAAUUCUUUAAAAUAUUUUAUGUACACAUUUUAACUUUUUAAAAAAACAAUUGAAGUCUCCUGUAUGCACAACCUGGCCCUGUAAAUUCUCUAAUUUCUAAAAAAAAAACUGAAUCACAAAGGUUUGUCCAUUGCUUACAUAUGCAACAGGACUUUUUUUUUUUUUUUAAGUCUGCAAUAUUUCAUGAAGUGACCUCCAAUUGGUGUGUAAGUGUUACAUUUUCUACAGACGAGGAGAGUGUCUCUCUCAAAUGUUAUUGAAAGCGUGAACAAAUGUUUGAAUAAAGUUUCAUUUGUGCAUCUGGA